AUGUUUCUUCGUCUCAAAAGCACUGCUUUGCCUAAUGACAGCAUUCGGGAUGACAAGAUUUCUCCCGAAACAACACCACACUCUCAUCAUGAUUUCUCUCGACAUGAUUCUUCCUCUUCAUCCUCCGUCAUGAUUACACUCUUUCUUGCUUCCGAUACAGUUGAAAAUGUGGUGGAAUUCAUACAAGACCAAGAUCGUGAAAUGGUUCAACAGGUAUGCAGGUGCUUUCAAGAGGCUUGUCGUGUGGUGGAGAGACGCGAAUUUCUCUACAUGUGGCACGAUGAGAAUAGAUGUUUACUAAAACCACUUUCGGAGCCUCCUGUCGAUGAACAAGUCCUUUCUCAGCGAGAAAUGGAAUUGAAAACAAAAUUUCCAUUGUGUUUGAGAGAAUUUCUGAAAAUCACGAAUGGAAGACCCUCAUGGAGUGACGACGUACUUCAUGUCAAUAACCUUCUGAAUCGUGUAGAGCUUUGGAAAUAUGAUCACUCUCGAAAAUUUAUCAUUUUAGGACUUUCCACUCAAAAUUCCAAUGCCUUGACUUUGGAUCCCAAGAAGGGUGUGAUUCGAUUAAAUCAGACACGCUUUCAAACAAAAAAAUAUUUUCCUUAUAGCGUGCAUCGAUCCUUGUACAGUUUGAUUCCUUCCACCUUUGCCUCUCAACGCAAUUUGACCUUAAAAUGUGUCCAAUGUGAUGGAUUGUGUUUGGAAUAUGCUUGUUCCGAUUUUAAGAAAGAUCCUCAGAUCGUUCGGGAGGCCUAUCUGCAAAAUCCAAAAUCCUUUAAAUUCUGUUCGGAAGAAUUACGGAAUCAACUGAAAUUUGUGAAGGAACUUUUUCGUGUGGAUCCUCAAUGCCUCACGUACUUGCCGAUUACCCAUGAACUCUUUUACCGAAAGGAAUUCAUGCUUGAAGCGAUUCAAAUUGAUGGAUCAUGGCUCCGUAAAGCCUCACAUGAACUCCGAAAUGAUAGGGAAGUGGUCAUGAAGGCAAUAGAAUCGUAUCCAAAUGCUCUUUCGUAUGCCUCUAAGGAAUUGAGAAGUGAUGAGGAAGUGGUCAUGACGGCUCUGAAAAGAAAUGUGAAGGCCUUCCAGGUGGGUGAUGAUUUGAGAAGUGACAAGGAAGUGGUUAAGUUGGCCAUUCAGCAUAAUCCAAUGGCUUUGCAAUAUGCAGGCGAGGCUAUGCGUGAAGAUCUCGAAAUUGUACUCCCAGCCAUUCGAAAAUGUGGAAAGGCCUUCACCUACAUUUCUAAGAAGUUACAAUGCAAACAAUAUAUUGCCAUGCAAAGAAAUGCAGAUCAACAGGUUCAAAGCGAUCCAUCCAAAGAUGAUCCUCGUAGUAUCACGAGUGAGAAUGAAUCUCUCACUGCAUGCACCUUGAAGAAGAAUUCUUCUUCGCUCCGAAAAAAGAUAAUAAGGAGAAAAAAGUGA